UAUGCUUCAGUGUUAUUUAAAAGUAAAAAACAAUCACAUCCUAAAGCAGGACUUGUGCCUGAAAAGGAAAUAGAUGGCAGAUAUCAGUGCUGUCCAAAGUUGGCCUGGUGCUUUGGGAUACUUAGUGUCAUUUUGCUUUUUGGACUCAUUGGCAUCUUGAUUCGUUUUUCUUUAAUUCCUCAGAGUGACGUCGAUGAGUUGAAUAUUCUGAAAGCCAACCAAUCAGCUCUGCAGACUGAAAAUCGCAAGCUGAUAAACCUCAACAGCAAACUCAGCUCAGACUUGAAUAUUUCGAAGAAGGAUCACAACGACCUGAAAAUGCAGUUUGACAACCUGACUAAGACAUUAACUGUCUCAGAAAGCAAGAUCACAAACCUGACUGGAGAAAACCUGGAGCUGAAGGCUGAGACAAAACACCUCACAGACCAUAUAAGAAACACUGAGGCAACAUGGAACAAGAACAACAUCAGUCGAGCUCAGUGGAGUGUUGAUGCCUAUUGUCCAAAGAAAACCGUUUCAGGACGAAAAUGUUCAGCUUGUCAGGAUGGCUGGCUACCCUCACAGUCCAGCUGUUAUUUAAUUAAGAACCCUUCUAGUGAUGGUCAGAAAACCUGGGAAGAAGCUCAAGCAGACUGUGGAGAAAAGAAUUCAUAUCUGGUUGUUGUAGCUGAUGAAACUGAAAAGCAAUUCAUCAGUGAGAAUAGUUGGAGAAGUUCAGACAACAAGGGAUACUGGAUUGGUCUUAGAGCAGAAAAUAACAAAUGGAUGUGGGUUGAUGGAAGUGAUCUGACCAACAACAUCUGGAUUCAAGAGUCUGCACAAGAUGGUCACUGUGCAAUUUCUGUCCAAAACCAAGGAUGGAAAUCAGUGAUGUGCAAUGUCAAGCAACAAUGGAUCUGUGAAAAGAUGGCUUUAACUAUUUAAAGUCUGCAGUCAAAUAUAUUUUGUGUGAA